AACAGAGAAGGGUCACACUAUUUCUGGCUGAUAAAUUGUACAGAUCCGUGAAUCAUAAUAAAUUAAGUAAAAAGUGCUCAGACAAACGAUACUGACAUCCAGACACAAUGGCAGCCACCCUGAAGCCCUAUCUGACCGCCGUGCGGCACUCGCUGACGGCAGCGAUGUGCCUGCAGGACUUUCCCUCACAGGUAGUGGAGCGGCACAACAAGCCGGAGGUGGAAAUCUGCUCCAGUAAGGAGCUGGUGCUCACACCCGUGGUGGUGUCGCGCAACGAGCGUGAGAAGGUCUUGAUUGAACCCUCGAUCAACUCGGUCCGCGUCAGCAUCGCCGUAAAGCAGGCGGACGAGAUCGAGCGGAUCCUGUGCCACAAGUUCACCAGAUUCAUGAUGCGCCGCGCCGAAUCGUUCGUUAUUCUACGCCGAAAGCCCAUAGAGGGCUACGACAUAAGCUUCCUGAUCACAAACUUUCACACGGAACAGAUGUACAAGCACAAGCUGGUGGACUUCGUAAUUAGUUUUAUGGAGGAGAUCGACAAGGAGAUCAGUGAGAUGAAGCUUGCGGUCAACGCUAGGGCACGUACCUGUGCUGAGGAGUUCCUUAAACGCUUCUAGGUGAAUGAACGAAGUCUCGACCGGACACGAUGCUUUAGAAAUUCCAAAUCGAUUCAAAAAUAAAGACGGCUUUUGUAUUAUUUACUCAA